GGAAUACAAUAUAGAGAAGGGGGAUCCAAUCCGGUUUCAGCUAGUUUCUGUACGUAGGCCUACUGAUGGAAUAUUUAUGUUAGUUACAGUGUGUUCUGAAGGUACUGACUGAGUUACAUCGAGCACGUUCAGAAGUCUGCACAGAAUUUUCAGUAACUGACAAGGCUAAUUUGUGCUCUAGUUUUCUAGACAAUACAAGCAAAGCAGCCAUGCCGAAAAGAAGCAAAGUAAGUUGGAAUGUGUAUCUUUUUAAUUUAAACCUUAUUUUACGAUGUAUAAUUUCACACAGGAAGUGUUUUAUAAAUACAUGCAUGCAACAAUUGCAUGUACGCUAAAAUAUGCUUGAUAUAAUGUAACACUUUUGCUCUAAAGUCUGAAUGUGUUUUAGUGUGUCUGUCUUGUUGAUAUGGAAGUGGCGCCUUUUUACUUAGUGCGGUAACAUUUUGCAUUCGAUCUCACUUUCUCCUUUUAAUAACCUGUACAUGAUAAACUAUCGCAGCUUGUGUUUUUUUAUAUAAGUAACUUAAUCAUAUAAUUUAAUUUGACGCAUAUCGGGUCUUUCAUGAAUGUAAAGUAGCUUAAUAGCCUUCUCAGCAAUGAGAUCAGACAAAGGGGUGUAACCCACCAGCGAUGUAUGUAAGCUAACGUUACAUGUUGCCAUUGCAGAAAUGCGUGCAUGAGGUAUAGGAUAUUUUGUGAAUAUUGGGAGUGCUUUAAUCGCCUACAUAUUGGGUUCACGUUUGUAUUCAAAUACUUUUAAUAGCCCAUGCUUGUGGCAUCCUAUAUUAUCACUUUGUCCUGUGUGCAGUAAAGCGUAUUGUAAUGCGCGACACCCUAUGGCAUGGAAAGGUACCGUCUUUGAGGUGUCAUGGCAGCCCUUGCAAAUAGGAAAGGCAUCGACUACUCAGCGCCAUUUAUCACUUUAAUGGGGUCAUAGAGGAAGUAAUUCUAAAGAAAACCACCACCUGAGAAUAGGUGGUCACUUUUUACAUUUUUGAGGAUUUGCUAUUUGUUUGUGCGCAUUCCCUGUCUUUGCUUCCCUAACAAAUGUUGCAUUACGUAACAGCGAAUUUCUGUGGACAUGCACGACAGCGCAUAGGGGAUCGUAUAGGGGUAAACUGGGAUCCUGUAGCUCAAUUGGUAGAGCAUGGCGCUUGCAACGCCAGGGUUGUGGGUUGAGAAAUGUAUGCACUCACUAACUGUAAGUCGCUCUGGAUAAGAGCGUCUGCUAAAUGACUAAAAUGUAAUCAGGGAAUUAUAGAUAUUCAACUAAUGGCGGGAACAUACAGUAGACUGGUUGACGUAACGGGUAGAUGGAUGCCUUCAUGUAACAAGUCUCGGUCUCUUGCUGGUGGAUGGGGGAGGGGCAGCUAUUGGCCUUUAUGCGUGUAGGCUACUAAAGCCUAACUAUAACGUACUGUUUUACUUGUCGCUCUCACAGUAAUUGGUACCACAAAGGCUCCAUUUUGCACCCUGACAAUGGGAAAAGUCAAAUGGCAUAGUAAUGUAAAUGUAUUACCCUCCCCCACACACUUUCAGGUUACAUAAUUAUUCUGUAAUUUGGGGGUGGAGCGGUGGGGGUACAGUUUGUACCCCCCCCCCCCCCCCAGCGUUACACACCCACUUCUCCCUGCCGCUCCCGAUCCAUGAAUGUGGAAUUGUUGUUCUUGGUUAUUACUAAGAUUUUUACUUCUCCCCCUCACAGGCAAAUCAUGACACUGAAGUCGAGGUUAGUAUUUUUUGCUCUUGUACAAUUUUAUAUUUGUUCCUGUAUAUUUGUUCAGUCUAUUCUGAAUACAUUUUCCUGCAAUAACUGAUUUAACUUUUUAUUUUUCACCAGCCAAAGAGGAGAUCCACAAGGUUGUCAUCUGUAAGUUUACUAUAUGUUAUCAUAUUUAUGUUGUAUAUCCUAUUUGUUUUCAAUGAGUAGAUGCUAUUGUGUAUUUGUAAUUGUAUGGGAAAAAAGUAUGAAAAUGUAUGCACUCACUAACUGUAAAUCGCUCUGGAUAAGAGCGUCUCCUAAAUGACGAAACUGUAAAUGUAAUUGGACUAAUUAUUUAAUAUUCAUUAUUUUUCAGAAACCUACUACUCCGGCUAAAGCAGAGCCAAAGGCAAAGGCAAAGGUAAAAACAAAUGUAAUUGUCAGCUUUUGCUGAAACGAAAAACCACUCAAUUAUUAUACAUACUAUGCAUUUGUACAUUGAAAUGUAUCUAAUGUUUUUCUGUUUCUUGUAGACACCAGUCAAGGCAGCAGCCAAGCCCAAAAAGGUAAAGGAGGUGGUAGAGAAGGCCAAGCCUGAGGAGAAGAAAGAAGAUCCUGAGGAGGAAGAAGCAGCACCGGCAGAAAACGGAGAGGCCAAAGCUGAGGAGGUAAGACUUGUUGGCUUAGUUUCAAUUAUGCGAAAUGCCACGCCAGUGAUGUAUACGAUAUUCAAAAUCAGGAGUAUUAGGUAUUACAAACAGACCAACUAUUAUAAUUGGAAUUGCAGCUGUUUGUCCCCCACACACAAAAAUAUUGUGUAAACAAGACUUAAAAGGACUGUCCUAUAAUGUGAAAAUGUAAUUUUUUCAUUCUCCAGGAGGCAGCAGAAGAGGCAGAUGAGCCCGAGAAAGAGGAGGAUGAGACAGAAUAACAUCCUUACCCUUUUGCCAGUGCUCCCUGUACCUCCUUUCUUGUACAAUGCAGAUGAAUAUUUUUAUCAACUAUUUUCUUAAGAAAAAGCAGGUUGUGUAGUAGUAAGAUUGUAGAAACACAUAUUUUUUUUUUUUUUUUACACCUCUGGAAGAAAAGUUAUGGUCAUUGUGUGUUUCCCUUUUCUUUUGUGGUCUGGUUCAGUUGUCGAAGAGGGAGGAGUGCAGGUUUGUAGCAAUGACAUGCAAUCAUGCCAAUAUCAUGAACUUGUUAUUCAACUGGGAGAGUUGUCUGAGACUAACAUUCCAUAGGCUUUAUGAGGGACAGUUUAUUUAACCUGUAUUGUAUGGGGAAGGGUUGGGGGGUUUAUACACAAUAAUACUUGUUUUAUUGUUUAUAAUAGGUAGGAAGCUGGUGAUUCUGUUUUAAGCUGUGCUCUAUGAAUAUUAACUCUUAUCCACACCGUAUUAUGAAUCCACAGUUAUGGUUCAUCAUCCUCCCUAGUACAUGUACUGGAUUUUUCAUCAGGCCUGUGCAUUAUGUGAAAUGGUUUUUGUCUCUGUUUGGUGACGGUAUUGCAAUAACAUUUGAUAUAGCUGCUGUGAAACUAGGGUUUUUUCGUAAUUUCUAUGCAGUAUGUAAUGUAAUGGAAAGUUGUGAGGAUGGUUCAUGUGUUUUUAGCUAAUAACAUGAAAUGCAUUACAGUGUUAAACAUACUGAUUGUAGCUUAUCCUUUUGAGGAUACUGAUAAACAUUGACUGUACUUUCACUUAAUCUUUCAAGUGAACAUACAGCCAUAGCAAGAUUUCCAUGUGGUUUUAGGAUUUUAUGUACCAAUGUACAGUUUCUCUUUUAUUUUUUUUGUAGCUGUAUCUGUGUGAUUGGUAUAAACAUGCCAAUUGAAUAAAAAAUGGUUGUAAUUUCUUUGUUUUCUCUGUUCGCUUAUUGCUCACAAGUGAAAUGAAAACCGUAAACACAUGAUAUUCUAAUUCACAAGACAGUCACUGAUUAAAUACUAUGUAAUAUCUCUCUUAUA